AUGGCCGCCCGGCCGAGUCCCAGCAGCACAAGCCCCUCGAACCUGUCCAACAGCCCCUUCCCCCACGGCUCUCACGGCUCUCACAGUAGCUCCACCUCGUCGUCGCCGCCCAAGCCCUUUGCAUCGCACAACACCAUGACGGCCGACGUCUUCGCACCGCACAUGUACGCUAUGCCGGGAGCCGUCGGAGAGCGCAGGCCCCUCGACAAGAGCCCCGCGAACCACGCGCGCUACUCCAUCCUGUUGCGCAAACUCCCGAGCAGCAGCGAUCGCGACGCCGUACGCAACAUCCUGCUGUUCGCCAAGGACCUGAUCGACUGCGAGAUGCUUCCACCGUCCAGACAUGCCGACGACAAGGGCUUCGCAUCUGCCAUUGCGCAUUUCCAGACGCUCGACGGCGCGAAAGAAGCGCGUCACCUCCUCGACGGGAAGCGCAAUGCAACCAACGAUGCGACGCUGGUCGUCGAGCUGACGCAGGACGCAUCGCCUGGCGCAAUCGGCUCGCGCCGCAACACAGUCGACAGCACGCCGGCGCGACAACCGUCUGGCACAAGCGCCAUGACCGGCGCGACAAUCAACGCCCGGCAGUCAUCGCGAUACAACGGCACCUUCCAAAACAUGGAGAACAUGUCCCCACCCAACGGGACCCCAGGUCUUGGCAACGGAGAGUUCCCGGUCACCAACCUUUUCUCGCCGACAUCCCCCGUCAACACCUCCUUCACGAGCCGCAAUCUGGGCAAGUCGGUCAUCAAUGAAGACGCCGACGACGACGAUGGCCUGCUUAACGAGUCGAUUGGAUAUGCCACGGGUGGCCCGCCAAUGCACUCCAGCAUGCAGCGUCGCGCUACCAACCCCCAUACCCCUUCCAUUCCCAUACAGCGCUUCGGAUCUCUUUCUCUAAACACAAACGGAGUGACGAAUGCCACGUCCCCGCCUCUAUCCAACUUUGCUUCUCCACGUUCUGGAUCCAACAUGCAGUCGCCCGGCCCAGCCUUGUCUGCCUUGUCACCACACAGCAUUCCCUCCGCAUUGAGCAGCGGACCCAAUACAGGCUACCAGCAGUAUACGCAGCAUUUCGCACGGCCAACUUAUCCCCCAGUAAACCCCGCUGAUCAAAACCCACCAUGCAACACUCUUUACGUGGGCAAUCUUCCCAUGGACACGUCAGAAGAUGAGCUCAAAGCUGUCUUCUCCAAGCAACGUGGGUACAAGCGACUCUGUUUCCGCACCAAGCAGAAUGGACCCAUGUGUUUUGUCGAAUUCGAAGACACAUCCUUUGCUACCAAGGCUCUGAAUGAGCUCUAUGGAUACAUGCUCCACAACAGCGUCAAGGGCGGCAUCCGACUGAGCUUCUCUAAGAAUCCCUUGGGCGUACGUAGUGGCCAGAAUUUCGUCAUGGGCCCGCAGUCUGCCAUUGCUCCUUCCACACCUCUUUCGGGUUUCGGUAGCAGUGCCGCAGGCCCGCCUGGCUUUUCCACGGCUACCGGCCCACCGCCUGGCUUGUCAGUACCUCCGGGCUUGUCCACCACAGUACACUCAAACAACAGCUCUGGCUUUGGCAUGUAUUCCAAUGGUGGUUUUGGCAUGGGCCACAACGACAUGGCAGGUGCUAUGCGCCAGCCUCUUGCGUCCAGUGGUGCUGGGAACGGCUUCUCAGGCUAUUCCACUUACAUGAUGGGGCGCUAG